AGUCGAAUUCAUUCAGUUCAUGUGAAUGGUUGGUUUGUGUACAAUUGAGGUGUUGUUUUUUGAAACCAACACAUGACUUGGAACGUUUUCGGUGUGUUAUUUUACACGUAGUUGUGCACAAAGUUUAGUGUCUAAUGAUGGCAAAAUAAAUUUGUUUUUUUCUUCAUCGUUUUCUCGACAAAAAAAUAUAAACAAUUUAACGUGUCGCGGUGAAGAUUCCAAUAAUAUUGAAUUUGUGUUUGAACUUUUUUUUAUUAUAUUGAAAUGCAUCGCUUACGAUAACUUAGAACGAAAGGUUUCUCUUGCUUGUAGCAUCUUGGUAAAACGAAUUUUCUCACAGACAUAAUGUGAUAAAAUAACUCAAAAACUGAACGUGAUCAAAUAAAUGUUAAACAUUCCAUUAACACGUAAAAAUUGUGUAAAUUAAACAUUUUUAUACCCCAUUCGGCUCUUGUGUCAAUAGCUAAAUGACUAUGGAGUUUAGUUGGGAAAAAACUUAACCCAUCCAACAAUGUGGAAUAAUUUUGUGGAUAGAUUUGCAGAAAUUUGGCGAAACAGAACCAUGGGUCAUAUCACAGCCGAUCAAGUGAGUGCAUAUCUGAAGGAUCAUCCGGACUUUCUUGAACACCAUGUCAUGGAAGAAGUUGAGCUGGAGCAAUUGGAACGGUGGAUGAUCAGACGAACUCAACGGGCUAGAAAACAAACUCUACCAAUGGGAAAAAAUGGCCGUAAAACUAGUCUAUCUAGGUGGAAAUUCUGUGUUCAUGCCGACAAACGACAAAUGCUUCUCGACCUAACACACUCUCUUCAAAUACGUCCCACUCGUGCUCAUGUCCUAUGGGAGCUCGCAAAUUGUAUAUCGUCAGCUGUUGGUGCUGAUGGCUUUCGAUUAUAUUUAGCUGAAACUGGAGAUCCGGACAUAUUGUCGUUGUACAUUGGAUCUGAUGUUGGGGAACCAAGACUGGAGAAGGUUAAAUGUGGCCUUACUGUACCUACAUAUGUUGCUAGAACUCGCGAAGCAAUACGUCUUUCGAGGGGUGAUGUGGAUCCACGAUUCCCAGAAGGGUUAUCUAGAAAGGGUGAAAUAGCGCAUCACAUUCUUUGCCAAGCCAUAACUCAGCCGGAUGGAGACCUAGUCGCUGUGUUAGAGUUAAUUCGAAAAGAGGACGGUCUACCAUUUCAUGAGGAGGACGAAGAAAUAGCCUGCAGCUACUUAGUUUGGGGAGGCAUUGCACUUCAUUACGCUCAUCUGUUCCUGAAUAUCAAUAAACAAAGGAAACUGAACGACUUCUUGUUGGCUGUUGUUAAAUCAAUUUUCCAAGAUAUGGUCAGCAUGGACAUGCUGGUAAUAAAAAUUAUGAACUUCGCACAACGACUUGUUGACGCUGAUCGGGCGUCCUUGUUUUUGGUCGAUUCGAAGAGCAAGGAACUUUACGCAACCAUUUUCGAUGUGGGCAUCGAUUGUAGUAAUUUAAACCAUGGUUCUGAUUCUGGUGGAGAAGAGAACGGCAAGCAACCACCAUCACGAGAGAUUCGAUUUCCGAUUGGAACUGGCAUUGCUGGACAGGUUGCACUGAGCGGUGAAAUUCUAAAUAUCGUGGAUGCAUAUUCCGAUCCACGAUUUAAUCGUACUGUGGAUGCGAUAACUGGCUACAAAACGGAAACUAUUUUAUGCAUGCCGAUUUACAUUAGAGGAUCGCUGAUUGGAGUCGUCCAAAUGGUAAACAAGCGGUUAGGCUAUUUUACCAAAGAUGACGAAGAAGCUUUUCAAAUGUUCGCCGUUUACUGUGGCCUGGCACUACAUCAUGCUAAAUUAUACGAUAAAAUACGCCGUUCAGAGCAGAAAUAUAAGGUUGCGCUUGAGGUGCUCAGCUACCACAAUACGAGCACGGCAGAAGAAGUGCAAAACUGUCUCACACAAGGCAUUCCUGAAAGCGUUGAGCACAUCGACAGCUACUACUUUAAUCCGUUUGACUAUGACGAUUUUGGGAAAGCAAAGUGUGCCAUUUACAUGUUCAUCGAUUUAUUUGGAUUACAACGUUUUGAUAAGGCUAGUCUGAUUCGAUUUACUUUAACAAUCAAGAAGAACUACAGGCGUGUUCCGUACCACAAUUGGACUCAUGGCUUUUCUGUAGCCAAUACCAUGUACAGCGUUAUUAAAAGCAGUGUGGAUGCUUUUCGAUCGAACGAGCGGUUGGCAUUAUUUAUCGGAUCUCUGUGCCAUGACUUAGAUCAUAGAGGCAAAAACAAUAAAUUCAUGCUAGACACAGACUCUCCCAUAGCAGCAAUUUACAGUACAUCCACAAUGGAACAUCAUCACUUCAAUCAGACAGUAACAAUUUUACAGCAGGAAGGUCACAACAUUUUCGGAAAGCUGAACAGUAGCGAAUACAAACAAGUUCUAGGAUUAGUCAAACAUUGUAUUUUAGCCACAGAUCUUGCGCUUUUCUUUCCGAAUCGGGCUAAACUAAGCAUGCUAAUGGAGGAAGAAAAGUUUUCGUGGAGUAUACUUGAACAUCGAAUGUUAAUACAAGCAAUUGCGAUGACAGCAAGUGAUUUGUCCGCCUCGGCUAAGCCAUGGGAAAUUCAAGUGCAAACGGUGAAAGUAAUUUUCGAAGAGUUCUAUCAGCAAGGUGAUGCCGAACGGGCUGCUGGCCGAACACCGAUAUCGAUGAUGGAUCGAGAACAACCCGAUCAGCAAGCAGCAUCACAAGUUGGAUUUUUGAAUGGUAUUUGUAUACCAUGCUAUUCAUUGUUGUACCGACUGAUACCGGAGACCAAACCACUGCUGGAUAUGUGCACGAAAAAUUUGGAAAAAUGGACCGAAUUAGCUGCUGAGAUGCAACGUCGAAGAGAUAGUAAAGCGAAAUUGAUGUAAAUUUACACAUAAAAAGAAACUAAUGAUGUCAACCAUGUGGAUCAAUUUUAGUAGUCUAAAUGAACUAAGUAGGUUUUUCAUUCAUCAGAAAAUUUUGUGGAUAAAAUAUUUUUAUAAGAAAAGUACAAACAAAUUGAUUGGGUCGAAACAAAAAUGGUUUCGUUUGUCAGAACUAAUAUUUUCACAGAACAAUGAUAGGGCCAUUAAAUAAUGAAAAAAAUGUGACUGGCAGAGAAAUAGUUUUUAAGUUAGUGUUUCGGAAUUGAGAACCUUACCUUAUAUAUGCUGUCUCACUGCAUUAUACCGCAUACAGGGUCGCAUAGCAAACGAUUAUCAACCAGUUUUGAUGCUCAAAUUGUUUUAGAUUUGAAUAAAUGUUGCUAGACUUCAAUUGGGAUUGAAUUUAACCGAUUAAUGGUAAAUUGCUUGCGUGCUAAAUUAUUAUUGGAUAAACAUUGCAUUCAACUUUAACAUGACAAUCAUUUCCUAUGCGAUAGAUCGCAGUGAGGCAGAUGUGUUAUCUAGUCUUUAGUGAUAAACAGAAAACAAAACAAAAAAUUAACAAAAGACAAGUUAUUGUCCGAUCAAUGUGGUGAAUAUGUAUAUGUAUGAACAUAUCUAACAUUUCCUCUGAGUAAAAUCUAUCUAACAAGUGUAAUUGUUUAUUAAUCGUCUAAGACACACAUUUAAUCAAUGAAUACAAUUUGAAGGAAAUAAAUAAAAUUAACUAAACGUGAAACA